AUGGCCGAAGACAUCCAGCAGAAACUGGAGAAGUACCGCACAGCGCCGUUUGACGCGCGCUUCCCCAACCAGAACCAGACCAGAAACUGCUGGCAGAAUUACCUGGAUCAUCAUCGAUGCCAAAAAGCUCUGGAUGCCAAAGGUGUUGACACAGCCCCGUGUGAAUGGUACAGACGAGUCUACAAGUCUCUCUGCCCUAUUUCCUGGAUUGAGAAGUGGGACACACAGAUGGAUGAGGGAACGUUCCCCGGCAAGAUCUGAAUAUCUUCGUCUCCAAAGCACCAGCAUCAGAUGGACCGGAUCGCGUGUGUCUGUGAUCUUCAGCUGAGCAGGGCCUUACCAAUGUCUGUUCAAAAACGCACUUGUCCAGCAGAGGACGAGAGACAUCAUUACUGCCAUUCCUUAUUUAAAUGAAUGUGUUGC